UCUUUUUCUUUUUUCCACCACUCUUCUUCCUAAAGAGAAGCCAGAAGAAGAAACGGAGAAGAACCAGAGGAAGAAGACAUGUCUGUAGCUCCUUCCAUCCCUUCCAUAAAGAUCAAAAUCUCUCGUCCUCCUCAUCCAUGUAGGUUCUCUUUUAAACCAUCCACCAUUAUUAGGAGCUCUAAUGGUGAGGGCCCUAUGAGGAGACCUGCAGCUCCUUCUCUAUCCCGUUCUCCUCCUCCUCCGCCCUCUCUUUCUGCUCCUCCAUCCCUCUCUCCUACUCCUUCCAUGAAACCAGCCACCCCAUCUCAGUCUCCUCCCAAGCCGGCGGAAGCGGCAGUGCCGACGAAGGAGGUGGUGACUCUAGAGUACCAGAGGAAGGUGGCCAAGGAGCUGCAGGAGUAUUUUAAGCAGAAGAAGCUGGAGGAGGCAGUUCAGGGCCCUUUCUUUGGCUUCAUGGGCAAAAAUGAGAUCAUAAAUGGCAGGUGGGCGAUGUUUGGGUUUGCAGUUGGGUUGCUAACAGAGUAUGCGACAGGCUCAGAUUUUGUUCAACAGCUAAAGAUCCUUCUCUCCAAUUUUGGGAUUGUGGACUUGGAAUAGUACUUAUUCAACAUCAGAUUAUGCACAAGUUGAAUCAGUCCAAUUCAAUCUGGCUUCCUUGAUCAUUUUGAAUCUGAUUGAUUCGGUGAAAUCCCUGUCAAAUGAAUUGCCUAGGCUACCAUAUUAUUGCAUUUUCGCUGUUCAGUUGAAUUAUAAGAACAUAAAGUUACAUUACUCUUUCUUUUGUUCAUGCAAAGAAAUCUUGUUUGUAUCUAUUAGCUUUUUAACUGCAUCUAAAUUUACAAAAUUGAAGGUUUUUAUA